AUGACUCUGAACAACAUUUAUCAGCGGAAAGCGCCCUUUCUACAUCGCAACUGGCUACAGGGCAUCACAAAUUGGCAGACACCGGCCGAGCUAAUGGGCAACAUCGUGUCCAGCCAGCUCCGCCGCGAUGGGCAUGUUGCUGCUCCGCCGCGCAAGCGACGUCGGGUCUCGACUCCUGAAUCGCUCGAUGUUGACCAUCUCAUUAUAUCGCCAAAGACGUCCGACACGCGUUGUGCUCUUCGCAUAGAGAUCCGCAAAGUCUGUCACAAGGAUUCUCAGAAGUUUCGAACCACCAGCCUUGGUGGCACCGCGCCCAGCAUUGUCACCACCACAAAGGCAAAUUGUCGCAUUACUGUCAGCAAUACCGCCAAGGGCACGCAUCGCGUACUUCACUGCCAGAACCAAGCCUGCGAACUUACUACAUUCAAAAACCCCGUCGGUCCGCAUCGCAUUGCCAGAGUAAACUUGGCACGACCCUUCUAUGUACCACGUGACGCCAUUCUGGUCAAUCGGGAUGAUGAUGGCUCCCACGAUCUUUCUGACGCGUAUGAGCUGCUUAUUGAAUUUGAAGCGGUGAGUGAGAGCAUUUGGCCUCCGCUUGGUGCUAGCGAUUUUGGAUCCUCGGCGAUGCUGCAAGACGCAAGCCCCAUCGACAUGCGCAACCUCGUUCUUAGAAGCCGCUUUCAGGACAUAUUUGGUAAGCUCAAGGGACCAUUGGUGCUUUCAGCCCUCGAUCGAGCAGACCGGCCUGAAAGUUUAACUGAGUACAUUAUGGACGUUGAUCUCCGCUGGUCGUCUGGUUUCAACGCAUUGAGGCGCCUUGACAAAGACUCGAUGCCAUAUAUCAUGGCCAUUGAUCCUGAUAACGAUCUGGGUGAGGGCAGGCUUCCGCCUACUGACUAUGAGGACUCCGUUCCCGUCAAUAGCUUAAACGGCCACAGUGGUUUUCGUGGCCCUGUGCGCAGCGAUGACGAGCAAACGGAGGGCGAAAAAACGCCCUCUAGGGCUCUCCGUCGAAGAGAGCAAAAUAAAAUUUAUAAUCUCAAGGUUCUAAGCGAUCAGGCCCGCGGAAAGGAACGUAAGAAACGCCUGAAUACAGGAACGACCGCGGUGGCAAGCCCGGUUUCCUACCUGCUACCGUUGGACCAGCCGGUGCUACUCGAUUGCAAUCGAUGUGUUGCAUGUGGCUCGUACCACGAGUCACUCAUGCAGCUACAGAUGCAUUUGCAAACAUAUCACCCGAGCUACAACUUUCAAUGCGAAACUACGAGUCAGGGGCCGCAGUUUCGCGUUCAUCAUCGUCGCUCUGAUACCUCCCUGUCGCCGUCCAAAAAAUUACAGAUACAACCAACAGUGCAGUCGUUCAACUUGCAAACAUUUGUCGCCGGAGAUGAGUCAUGGGUUACGAAACGCGUUAUUGCAGAGAAAAACGACGAUUUACCCAAGACCCCUUCGGCACAUUCCUCCAUCAACAGAAUGUCGUCUCACUCUCCCCUGCCCAGGCAACCUGUGUUUCCUGCGAGCAAGGCAACGUUGCCGCGACGCCCACAACAGCCUAAGAAGGACACAGUUGUGGUUCCCAAGAUUUCGCAGCCCCUAUACCAUCCCAUCAGCAAAGCUGAACUGAAAGCCGGUGAUCCGGUGCCCAGUCCGGAGUACGAUGCGACGUGGCUUAUCCAAAAACACCGCGAGAGCAUCGCCGACUUUACCGAUGUGACACCGCAAGAAAAAGAAUUCAUCUGGGAAUGGGAUGGCUACAUUCUCGAGCAAGGCAUUACAUCAAGUGCCUACUUGCCGCGCGCUUGGCUGGGUUUCGUGCAGCAAAAGGCUGCGUGGCUGGUGGCAAAGGAUGAACGUAUGCGCGAGUUUGGCAAGCAUGCAAGCGUGCUGGUUGCACGUGAGGUGUUGACUGACAAUGCCCUAAAACAGGCUCUAGAUCACAUCAACCAGGCCCGUUCAUUGCGAACGAUGGAUGUUUCCAAUGCCAUCUUACCAGCAGACGCGGAACAGGUUGCGACAACGUCAAAGGCAACUGAUGUGCGCAAGAGCAGCAAUGGUUGCACAGUAUGCCGGCUUCCUGUACGAGGUCCGCGUUUGCUGGUGUGUGCCAACAAGGCCUGCCCGAAACGGCUCUAUCACUCCGACUGCAUCGAACCGAUAGCCCUGGUACAUGUCGACAAUCGCAAAUGGAUCUGCAAUGCUUGCGCUCCCUCUGUCAUGUGA